AUGGACACCAAGACAAUUUACGAACACACCACGCCAGGAACCCCACAGCCAGGAACCACAGCCAGGAACACACACAGCCAGGAACAACACAGCCGGACCAACACCGGAACACACACGCCAGAACACACACACCGGAACAAACAGCAGGAAACCACCCAAAAAGCCAGGAACACACACAGCCAGGAACAACACAGCCGGAACCCCACGGACCCAAAACCGAAAACAACAGCAGGAAAAACACAACAGCCAGAAAACACACAGCCAGGAACACACACAGCCAGGAACAAAAACAGCCAGGAACACAACAGCCAGGAACACACACAGCCAGGAACCACACAGCCAGGAACACACACAGCCAGGAACACACACAGCCAGGAACACACACAGCCAGGAACACACACAGCCAGGAACACACACAGCCAGGAACACACACAGCCAGGAACACACACAGCCAGGAACACACACAGCCAGGAACACACACAGCCAGGAACACACACAGCCAGGAAACACGCCAGGAACACACACAGCCAGGAACACACACAGCCAGGAACACACACAGCCAGGAAACACACACAGCCAGGAACACACAGCCCAGGAAACACACAGCCAGGAACACCACAGCCAGGAACACACACAGCCAGGAACACACACAGCCAGGAACACACACAGCCAGGAACACACAGCCAGGAACACACAGCCAGGAACACACACAGCCAGGAACACACACAGCCAGGAAACACACACAGCCAGGAAACACACACAGCCAGGAACACACACAGCCAGGAACACACACAGCCAGGAACACACACAGCCAGGAACACACACGCCAGGAACACCGCCAGGAAACAACAGCCAGGAACACACACAGCCAGGAACACACACAGCCAGGAACACACACAGCCAGGAACACACCAGCCAGGAAACACCACAGCCAGGAACACACACAGCCAGGAACAACCCAGCCAGGGAACACACACAGCCAGGAACACACACAGCCAGGAAACACACACAGCCAGGAACCACACACGCCAGGAACACACACAGCCAGGAACCACACACAGCCAGGAACACACCACAGCCAGGAACACACACAGCCAGGAACACAACACACAGCCAGGAACACACCACAGCCAGGAAACACACACACAGCCAGGAACACCCACAGCCAGGAACACCACACAGCCAGGAACAAACACCAGCCCAGGAAACCACACACAGCAGGAACACCACACAGCCAGGAACAACACACAGCCAGGAACACACACACAGCCAGGAACACCACACAGCCAGGAACACACACAGCCAGGAACCACACACGCCAGGAACACACACAAGCCAGGAACACACGCCCCAGGAACACCACGCCAGGAACACACACAGCCAGGAACACACACAGCCAGGAACACACACCACAGCCAGGAACACACACACAGCCAGGAAACACACACAGCCAGGAACACACACAGCCAGGAAACACACACACAGCCAGGAACAACACACACAGCCAGGAACACACACCAGCCAGGAACACCACACCAGCCAGGAACACACACACAGCCAGGAACACACACAGCCAGGAAACACACAGCCAGGAACACACAAGCCAGGAACACACAGCCAGGAAACACACAGCCAGGAACACACAGCCAGGAAACACACAGCCAGGAACACACACAGCCAGGAACAACACAGCCAGGACACACCACAGCCAGGAAACACACAGCCAGGACCAAACACACAGCCAGGAACACACACAGCCAGGAACACACACAAGCCAGGAAACACACCGCCAGGAACACACACAGCCAGGAACACACACAGCCAGGAACCACACAGCCAGGAACACACACAGCCAGGAACACACACAGCCAGGAACCACACACAGCCAGGAACACACACAGCCAGGAACCACAACAGCCAGGAACACACACAGCCAGGAACACACACAGCCAGGAACACACACACAGCCAGGAACACACACACAGCCAGGAACACACACAGCCAGGAACACACACAGCCAGGAACACACACAGCCAGGAACACACACACAGCCAGGAACACACACACAGCCAGGAACCACCACACAGCCAGGAACACACACAGCCAGGAACACACCACAGCCAGGAAACACACACAGCCAGGAAACACACACAGCCAGGAACACACACAGCCAGGAAACACACACAGCCAGGAACACACACAGCCAGGAACACCACACAGCCAGGAACACACACAGCCAGGAACACACACACAGCCAGGAACACACACACAGCCAGGAACACACACACAGCCAGGAACACACACAGCAGGAACCCACACACAGCAGGAACACACACACAGCCAGGAACACACACACAGCCAGGAACACACACAGCCAGGAACACACACAGCAAGGAACACCACACAAGCCAGGAACACACACAGCCGGAACACACACAGCCAGGAACACCACACAGCCAGGAACCACCACCACAGCCAGAAGCGACAAAGGUUAGAGGACAGAGAGAAGGAGAGGAAGGAGGGAAGCUGUUAGUUAGAAGGCUGAAAGAGAAGAGCGCUCAGAGCAUAGCUAGCUAG